UGCCUACCCAUCAGGCCACAGCUAGAUUCUCGACAAACAGCCACCCUCUCUCCUCAAACCAUGGCAGUGAGCAACAACCUGACAGCAAUCCUGAACUUCAUAGCCCUGAUUUGCUCCGUUCCCAUAAUUGCCGCUGGCAUCUGGCUAGCUUCGAAGCCGGACAACGAGUGCAUCACCUGGCUCCGGUGGCCGGUCGUCUUCAUCGGCAUUCUCUCUCUCCUAGUCUCCUUACUCGGGUUUGUCGGCGCGUACUGGAACAAGCAAUCACUCCUGGCUCUUUACCUCUGGGUCAUGGCCAUCCUCAUAAUCCUCUUGCUCGUCUUCGUCGUCCUCGCCUAUGUUUCCACGAGCCCCACCGGCGAGUAUGGUGUUCCCGGCAGGGCCUAUAGUGAGUACAGGCUAGAUGGGUUUUCACCAUUGUUGAGAAACCAUAUCACCAGCUCGGAGAAUUGGGGGAAGAUAAGGGCUUGUUUGGCGGCGACUCAAGUUUGUCCCAAGCUUAGUCAGGAGUAUAUUUCUGCUGAGCAGUUCUUUGCUGGUCAUAUCUCUCCUGUUCAGUCAGGAUGUUGUAAGCCUCCAACUAUUUGUGGAUACCAAUAUGUGAACCCUAUUAUGUGGAUCAAUCCAGUGAACCCAGUUGGUGAUGCAGACUGUUCUAUCUGGAACAAUAAUCCAACCCAAUUGUGCUAUAAUUGUGAUUCUUGCAAGGCUGGUCUACUAGGGAACCUGAGAAUGGAAUGGAGGAAAGCUAAUGUGAUUCUGAUAGUAGUUGUGGUGGUCCUCUUAUGUGUUUAUCUUAUUGCAUGCAGUGCAUUCAGAAAUGCACAACCUCAAGAACUCUUUCAACGAGACAAGUAAGGUUGGGUUCAAUCUAAUUCUCAAAAGACACCCCGCUUUUCCUGAUGACCAAGAAUCAUCUCAAUCACGUUUGUAACCAAAAAACCAUGUGGCUUUUGAAGUGGUGGUUGUCAAGUGAACUCGGGUCACGAAUAAUCAUUCAAUUUUGCAUAAGUGAUGGUUCUGAUGCGUGUUACUUUAUCUCCUAUAGAGCAAGUCUCUUUAAAUCCACUGAAUAUAUUCCACUGUACCAUUCCAUCAAGAUUGAUGGGGGAUUGUUUUGAGUUGGCUAAUGCAUAUUCUUUGCUGAUUACAAUGAAAAGAACAAGAAUAUAA